GGCCUCCCGGCCAGGCGGCUGCGCGGUUGGGUCAGAGAGGCCUUCCCAGACCCGCCUUUCAUUUUGUCCGCCCCGCCCCCAGGCUGCCCUCAGAGCCGCCUGAUUGCAGUUCUGGCCUUGUCGCGUGGGCCCAGGCGGAGCUUCAGGAGCAGAGCCGUGCGGAGGUUGCAAGGCGCGGGUACCGCUAGUCCCGGCCAUGUCUGGCUCUCACUCUCCAGAGGGAGACUGUUGCUCACGGCAGUGCCGCGCGCAGGACAAGGAACAUCCAAGAUACCUGAUCCCAGAGCUUUGCAAGCAGUUCUACCAUUUGGGUUGGGUCACUGGGACCGGAGGAGGAAUUAGCUUGAAGCAUGGCAAUGAAAUCUACAUUGCUCCUUCAGGAGUGCAAAAGGAACGGAUUCAGCCUGAAGACAUGUUUGUUUGCGACAUCAAUGAAAAGGAUAUAAGUGGACCUCCGCCAUCUAAGCAUCUUAAAAAAAGCCAGUGUACUCCUCUUUUCAUGAAUGCUUACACAAUGAGAGGAGCAGGUGCUGUGAUCCAUACCCACUCUAAAGCUGCGGUCAUGGCCACCCUUGUCUUCCCAGGAAAGGAGUUUAAAAUUACACAUCAAGAGAUGAUCAAAGGAAUAAAGAAAUGUACCUCGGGAGGGUAUUACAGAUAUGAUGAUAUGUUAGUAGUACCUAUUAUUGAGAAUACACCUGAGGAGAAAGACCUCAAAGAGCGCAUGGCUGUGGCAAUGAAUGAUUACCCAGACUCCUGCGCAGUGCUAGUCAGACGGCAUGGAGUCUACGUCUGGGGAGAGACGUGGGAGAAGGCUAAAACCAUGUGUGAGUGUUAUGACUAUCUGUUCGAUAUUGCCGUAUCAAUGAAGCAAGUAGGGCUGGACCCUGCGCAGCUUCCCGCUGGAGAAAAUGAACUUGUAUAAGUCAAGUGGAGGUUUACUAUAUAGAGAGAUAGUUUAUCUUAAUUAUUACAUAAAUGGCAUGAUUUUUAAAAUGAAUUGAAAAUGUCUAUGAAACUAUUGAUUUGUCACUAAACACUGCAGAUUUUCUGACACUGGGUGAUAUUUCCUUACAUUCUUAUAAUUUUAAAUGACAAUGCAAUGGAAUAAAAAUUUUAUAAUGAA